CCUUUCCUGAUUUUAGAUGUUCAUCUCAUUGAUGUAUAUUUACUUCCAUCCCAAGUUGCAUUAUCUUCAUACUUUCAAUAAUUAUAUCAUCCUUUAUCAGCUAUUGACUGUUCGAAUUGUUUCGUAGAUAGAACAAUUAUUCUACUGUUGAUCAGGAUCGCUUAUUCUUCUUCUUUGAGGUCACUGCGUCAUUAACGAUCCCGUCACUAAAGAUAACCUUAAGAGUCCCUGUUUGCGGGUAUUUCAAACACCACAACGAUCCAACCUUCUCGAUAUUCAAUAUUAUCACUUUUUCGCAGAUGAUCACGUAACAAUAUCUACAUUUCACCACGAAUCUCUAUCCUCCUAUACACCUUCAAGAAUAUCGACUUUCGUCGUACAAGACAGCUAAUGCUACCGCCACCGGGCUUGGAGCCCACAUCAACAUUCGAUGCCUCUCCCACAUCAAUUCUUACAUCUGCGAUAGCAGCUUCGACGACGUUGUUACUCGAUCUUGUGAAUCCUACCUCUACGACAACUUCAUCAUCUGCGGUGGCAACAAAUGAUAAUAUACAGUCGAAACCAGAUAAUGGAGAAUGCCAACUUCUUGGUAAUUUUGCCAUAUUAGUCCAGGGCGCCUUGGGUCUAUUGGCUGUGAUGGCAUUAGUGUAUAAAAGAUGGAGAGAAAGACCUCAACGACCUAUGAAGAUUUGGUUCUUCGAUGUCUCGAAACAAGUGUUUGGAAGUGUGUUGGUACAUAUCGCAAACUUGUUGAUGAGCAUGUUAUCAAGUGGACAAUUCAGUAUUAAGUUAGAUGCGAGUAGUGUGUCUACAAGAAUGGUGGAUGAUGCUGGACAGUAUACGCCAAAUCCUUGCAGUUUUUAUCUGCUGAAUCUGGCUAUCGAUGUAAGUAUAUUUACCCAUGGUCCACCGAUGUAUACUAAACUUUUACUUUAGACAACGAUUGGCAUUCCCAUACUCAUAUUCCUCCUUCGAAUACUUACUGCGCUCUUCCUUAUGACACCAUUUGGUAAUCCUCCCGAAUCGAUCGAAUCAGGAAAUUAUGGUCACCCACCAAAAGCAUUCUGGUGGUUCAAACAAUCGAUCAUUUAUUUCAUUGGUUUGAUGGGUAUGAAAAUAUGCGUGCUCAUCAUCUUCCUUGUUCUGCCUUGGAUCUCUCGAAUUGGAGAUUGGGCUUUGAGAUGGACGGAAGGUGAUACAGCAUUACAAGUCAUAUUCGUCAUGCUAAUCUUCCCGGUCAUUAUGAAUGCAACUCAAUACUAUAUCAUCGAUUCAUUCAUCAAAAAUCAAAAACCUGAUCAUGAACUCAUACCAGGCGAAGACAGCGAUAGUGAUGUGGAAGGAAGAGAAGAACGUUAUGCCGACCCAAGCGAAAGCAUUGAUCAGAUUGAUUCCGUGGAGGAAGAUGAUGAAGUUUUGGCAAAAGUCCAUACGAAGACUAGACCAGAAACCCCAAGAAAUAAACGAAUUGGUUUAAGGUCAGGAAAUAGAGACUAUGAUCCAUUAUACGAUGGGGAAAGUAGUCCAACGGUAGUAGGAAGCACAAGUUCAAGACCAGAGGAUGACAGUGAUGACACUACAAAGAAAUAGAUAUUUUCUCGAUUUUGGGGUUGAAGGAAGUGGAUCCAUUUGUUAAUAACAGGGAUUGGUAUAUGACUUUUGAGUACAUAACUUGAGCAGAGUACGUUCAUGCACGGUGUUUGGGCACAUGGGAUUUUUGUCGUCGGUCAUACAUAGACAGACGCAUUUUACAUUGGUUUGGGGGUUCUGGUUUGGUAGGAUGGAUGGAUGGAUGGGUUGGCGUUUUUAAUGGUAUGGUAUGGCAUACUUGAAAUGGCGCAUUGAAUUGAUUUGGGUUGGGGUUUAUCGUGCGAAGAUGUAAAUGAGAAG